UUUUUUUUACCUCUCGUACACCGGUAUCUUAUCGAGUUCAGGGCCGCGAGCGUAAUCGUGUCGCGGCGUAUUUCCAUCCAGACGACCGGGCCGCGUCGUGUUGAAUUAACAUCGCGCCGGAAACCAUUUAAAAUUGGAUUUCAAGACACGUUGAAAUAAAGACGGACAUUCACGGGGCUCGAAAUGAAGGGAUUUUUAAGCGACUUGAACUUUCGUCGCUUUUGUCGCGGCCACAACAGUUUCAUCAUUCAAUAAUAACAUAAUAGUAAUAUCAACCGAGUUGUCAACGGGUUAAAUGUCGUGAUAAUAGUAUCACGCGGAUUUUGCUCCGUUAAAUGAUCCAGUUGAUCGCGAACCAGAAACGAAAAGCUCCAAUUGCGGCUUGACGUCGCGAGGAAAGGACAGUAGUAUUAAUAACUCAUCAUCGGAUUUGUCCCUAUCUAAUCGAUUUCAUUAUCAAAGACUAAUUUCGACACCGCGCAUUCCGUUUUCCCUCCCAAACUGCCUCGCGACGACUCCGUUUAAAAGCGGAAAACAAGAUAAGUGAUUUCAGGGUCUUCGCUCGCGGAGCAAACCGUCAACUUCUCUAUCGUGGAUCAUCAAAUUACCCUAACUAGGAUUAAUUAUAUUUUGCUUGUAAUACACCUCUCCGGUCGUAUCAGAUUGCCAGCGUAACAUUUAAGGCACAUCUCGCAUGCGUUAUCGCGUUUAUCGGACAAUUCUACGGUAAUGUUCCACGGUAAACACAAAGAGGAGCCUUGGAGAGAUUAACGUCAAGGCGGCGAUUAGUCUUAUCAGUCGCGGCUCCCCGGAAUUUACUCGAUGUCGCGCCGCGUCGAGCAACGUCGGCCGCGGACGGUUCUCUCGCUCGAGACGUCGUAGUCACCGUGCGUCGUCGUUGCGUGUGUCACGUGCGUACGAUUCAGAGCCAGACUUUCGAUCGUAUACGUGCGUACGCGAACGCGAACGCGGCUGGCCAGAUGCCGGUCGGUUGAUAUCCCUCGCCCCAGUGACGUCCCGACGUUCGACACGCAAAGCUCUGCACGUUUCUCGGGCUUCUCGCCCAAGAGCACCGUAAAAUACCAACAAUCUCCCCGACUUUCAUAACGUAAUCAGACGCUGAUCGCAGCACACCCUGGCAUCGUCGAUCAUACAAUUAUUCACGGUACAAGACAUUUAUUCGCAAAGUGCAAUCAAUCUUAGGAGCGGCGAUCAAUUAACGAGUGUGCAUAGAUACGCGAUACGUUUAACGAGAGCCGUGACUUGAUCAAAGUGCACCAGCCGGUUUCGAAUCCCUAAAGCGCAGCGAGGAAGCGCCGGGCAUUUUGCGCGGACGAAGAUGUAGACUGAAGCGGAAGUUCUGUGCGCCGAUUAAUAUCUUCGCGCGAAACCGCCUUCCGCAAGUGUCGAGCGCCGGCGGCCGGACCACGUUGUUCGCCGCUAAUCGAGAGAUGAUCGCGCGCGAUCGCGGAGCGACGAUCGUGUGCGGUGUCCGUCGGGGAACCGUCGGGAGUUAAGUGCAUUGAAUCGGCCCCCCGCCGAGGAGGACAAUCCUGAAAAAUAGGCGGCGCGGUCCUGCUUGAGAUGGACUCGGUGGCGGUGACGGUGCCGCUUCGUCAGCCGGCGAAGAAGAUGAAGAAGCGGAAGGAGCUCGACGCCCUGGCGCCGGCGCACGCUAUCUCGCGCCGGAGCUCCGGGAAACGCAGUUCGCAGGAAUUAUUGACGGACAGCAGCGACGAUCGUUCGGAAUACUGGAACGUUUCCACCAGAAACGGCCGCAAGUGCAGGGGCAGGAGGGGCCGCGCUUGUCCCGGAUUUCUCAAGGCUUGCAACGCCUUUUUGGCGUGCGCCUCCGUAUUAGCGACCGCCAGUCUGAUAUGGCUGUUCAUCGAUGUCCGUCAACAGCUUACCGCUCUGCGAACCGAGUUAGACCAAGUGAUAGCGGGCAGCGAGGGUGUCCCGGACGCCCUGCAGAAAUGCCACUCGUUGUCGAGAGACCUCCAGAAUAACCAAACAAUAAUUUUCUCCAGGCUGUCCGACCUCAAGCAGCAGAUAAAUAAUUUCACGGUACAGCUGGCGCAUAUUCAGCAGGACUUGCAUAAAGUGCAGGAGUACUUCCAGGCCGCGCCCGAGAUGGCCAAUUUGCCGAAGCGGCUGGACGAGCUGUCGACCAGCGUUGCGACGUUCGGCAGUCAAAUAAGGGAUCUCGGGGCCACGGUGAAGACCCUGAAAGAGACCAACAUGAGGGUGCAGGAUGCGCAGACCACUAUGCAACAAAACAUCAGCAGUAUUAGGUACACAUUGCUAGAACUGUCGAACGUUACCCAGAAGCCUCAAGUACCGAGCACCGACGAAGCCCAAGUUAAGACUGACAAACUGAACCUCACAAUAUCGCAUUUAACGAAUAAUUUAACGCAUGUCAAUGAGACCUUGUCAAACAAAUUGCAAUGGGUCGCCGAUGAUCAGGACAAAGAUCGCAAGAAAUUAGUCUCGCUUCAAGAAGCGACGGCGGCUAUCAACACGACGAUGAUGUCGCUCCAGGGGGAGUGCGUCAAAGUGUCCGAGCAGGCUUCCGUUCUAGCGUCGAUUCAGCAAUUGACAGAAAAGGUGAGCGAGAUACGCACCACCGACGUGGAACUAAUCGGCAAGUUGAAGCAAUUGGAACAAUCGUAUAACGGGCUGAAAAACUCUAGCAGCUUAAUGCUCGCGACUGUAUCCGAGAUACAGAAUCAGCAGCACGUGAACAAGUUCAAGCUAUCGGAGUCGAACGGUAACGUGACAACGGAGACGGAUCGCGGCGCGACAGAUGUGAUUGAUAUUGCUCAGAGAAAGAACGACGGAUCGGAAAUGUGGCAGAAACGCGAGGAGUAAAUGGAGAGAGGACUCGCGCUUUGAGAAGAGACUCUCACGCGGACGAGGAUCGCUUUGUACGCAAUCUGAGAAGCUGUGUAUUUGUAAAUACUAAUAAAUUAAGCGCACGUUACGCAUGUACAUAGAAAGACACUACUUGUGAUGUCGCGCGGGGUCUACGGUGGGGCGAGCAACUCCACCGCGGUCCGCGACUGACGUGCGAUUGCGUUGAGAAGAGACUGUCGCGAGCGGUGCCGUGGCCUGAAAGAAGCUACUUACGCCAAGCAAUAACUUAAAGCGUAUAAACGUUAUUAGUUAGCGAGACAAGCGUUCUUUAUUCGACCUAGAUUAGAUAUUGUCAAUUUCCUAAUACCACAGUAACACUAUACGUGAAUAGCGAGAGAGAUAUUCUCAGAAAUAUUAUGGGAAAGUACAAAGUCGACAGCCGUUUCGAAGCGCAUUCUCGGUUGUACAACGUCUAGAAGAACGUUUAUAUUUAAGUAACGGCAAACGUAUACCGAAAGUUUUUCUACUCUUCUACAUUUUGUAGCGUCAUCUACGCUAUCGUGUACAUUUUUCUGAAACAAUAGAGAUUCUUCGCAAAGAAAAUCAUGUAUAAACACCGUGAUUCAGGACCGCGUAUGUAAAUACCAACGCAAUAUUUAUUUAUGAACAAACAGUGUGAUAAAGAUGAUAGACAAGUAACGAUCGCACGAUUCUAAUCGCAAGAUUCAUCAAGUUUGCUUCGCGCGACUGGCAAACCAAGACACCGGGCGGUAUAUGUUUCCAACGUUUUAGUUCAGCAACACGCGCACCACGGGGCAUGUACAGUUAAAUGUGAUGGCUAAAGACGUUAGUCCUUUCUGCGGCAAAUGACUUUCACCGGUUGCAGAUAGCAUUGUAGUAGCUUGAUCAAAUUUUUUUAACGAACAACGAGAACGUUAUUUUUGUAUGCAUCGAGGGUGACGUUUGCCAAGAGGGACGAGCCGAGGUGACGAGCUCUCCGAGAGCCCGCCGCGUCUCGGCUCUCUGGUACACGCGAGUGAAUUGUUUUUCAUCGAACACUUUACGUAACCGUAGGCAGCGAGUGUACGCGAGAAUUAGGCGGUACUCGCAUGUAAUUAUUUUGCACAGUUACUUGGAGAAAUCUGGACGAAUGUAUCUCGAAUAUCCUCGUAGUGUUGUGCGAGAAGUCGUUGAGUGAAGAUCAAGUUUUUGUAAAAAUAUAGUUUCAGCUCUUAGGAAGAUAAUUACGUGCGAGUACGCGGCAUAAAUCGGCUACAACAAUACCGAAGUGGAUUAAUAAAAAGAGAGAGAGAGAAGAUAUCUGAGAUAA